AUGGACUUCGAGGACGAUUAUACACACUCCGCUUGCAGGAAUACUUAUCAGGGUUUUAAUGGAAUGGAUCGAGAUUAUGGCCCUGGAUCUUAUGGAGGGAUGGAUCGUGAUUAUGGCCAUGGAUCCUAUGGGGGUCAAAGAUCCAUGGACUCCUACCUAAACCAGUCAUAUGGCAUGGACAAUCACAGUGGUGGUGGUGGGGGUAGCAGGUUUGGACCUUAUGAGUCUUACGACUCCAGGUCUUCUCUGGGUGGGCGAGAUCUGUACAGAUCUGGCUAUGGUUUUAAUGAACCCGAACAAAGCCGCUUCGGAGGUAGUUAUGGUGGUCGAUUUGAGAGCUCCUACCGGAAUAGCCUUGACUCUUUCGGAGGUAGAAACCAGGGCGGGUCUAGCUGGGAAGCACCUUACUCCCGUUCAAAAUUGAGGCCUGGGUUUAUGGAGGACAGAGGAAGAGAGAAUUACUCUUCCUACAGCAGUUUUUCUUCACCCCAUAUGAAGCCUGCACCUGUAGGCUCUCGGGGGAGAGGAACGCCUGCUUAUCCUGAAAGUACGUUUGGAAGCAGAAACUAUGAUGCUUUUGGAGGACCAUCAACAGGCAGAGGCCGAGGCCGAGGACAUAUGAGUGAUUUUGGAAGCAUUCAUAGACCUGGAAUUGUUGUUGACUAUCAAAAUAAACCCGCCAAUGUGACAGUUGCUGCUACAAGAGGAAUAAAGAGAAAAAUGAUGCAACAAUUUAAUAAGCCCAGUGGAACCUUCAUCAAGAAACCCAAGCUAGCAAAACCUGUGGAGAAGAUGAACCUCAGCAAAUCACCAACAAAAAUUGAUCUAAAAAAUGAAGAAGAAGAAGAAAAGCGGCGAAUUGAGGCUCGGCGAGAGAAACAAAGGCGCAGAAGGGAAAAAAACAGUGAGAAAUAUGGAGAUGGAUACAGAAUGGCAUUCACAUGUUCAUUUUGUAAAUUUCGAACGUUUGAAGAAAAAGAUAUUGAACUGCAUCUGGAAAGUUCUUCACACCAGGAAACAUUAGAUCAUAUUCAGAAGCAAACUAAAUUUGAUAAAGUAGUUAUGGAGUUUUUGCAUGAAUGUAUGGUGAAUAAAUUCAAGAAAACAUCUAUUCGUAAGCAACAGACAAAUAAUCAAACAGAAGCAGUCAAAAUAAUUGAAAAAGAUGUUAUGGAAGGUGUCUCUGCAGAUGAUCACAUGAUGAAAGUAGAGACUGUUCACUGCAGUGCUUGUAGUAUGUAUAUCCCUGCUUUAUAUAGCUCAGUUCAACAACACUUAAAGUCUCCUGAUCAUAUCAAAGGGAAGCAGGUUUAUAAGGAACAAAUAAAAAGAGAGAGUGUCUUGACUGCUACAAGCAUUUUGAAUAAUCCAAUAGUGAAGGCGCGAUAUGAACGUUUUGUCAAGGGUGAGAAUCCUUUUAAAAUUCAAGAUCAUUCUCAAGAUCAGCAAAUAGAAGGAGAUGAAGAGGAGGAAGAAAAGAUUGGUGAACAUAUUGAAGAGGAGGAAGAAGAGGAGGAAGAAGAGGAAGUGGGAGAAGUGGAGGGAGUAGAGGAAGUGGAGGCAGUAGAGCAAGUAGAGGGUGUAGAGGAAGCAGAGGGUGUAGAGGAAGCAGAGGGUAUAGAGGAAGCAGAGGAAGUGGGGGAAGUAGAGGGAGCGGGGGAAGUAGAGGGAGCAGGGAGAGAAGGUGAAGGAAUAGAGGGAGAGGGAGACACAGAGGGGACGGGGGAAGGAGUGGGAGUGGAGGAAGGAGGGAAAGAAGCAGCAAAAGAAGAGCAUGUCAGCCUCCCUGCUGUCCAACCAGAAAAAAAUUGA